GGGCCAACCACAGAACCAUGGAGCCUGCCUACACUGGGAUGUCACUGGAUAACUCUACCUCAACAGUAAUGCCCAUGGCGACCUCCGCCGGCAACACCAAUGUGAGCAGAGAGCCGUACAUGCACCGCCUGGCCCAUCUAGACGAGGGUCUCUACAAUGACUUCUACAGCCUGUGGAUCUGUCUGGUGGUGGUCAACACACUCAUCUUCAUGGUGGGAAUGGUUCUCAACACCCUGGCCCUGUACGUGUUCUGCUUCCGCACCAAGCCCAAGACCACCUCAGUCAUCUACACCAUCAAUCUGGCUGUCACAGACCUACUGGUUAACCUCUCCCUGCCCACACGUAUCAUUCUCUACUACAGUGGAGGAAAGUGCCUCAACUGCUCCUACGUGCAUAUAUUCAGCUACUUUGUCAACAUGUACUGCAGCAUCCUCUUCCUCACCAGUAUAUGCGUGGACAGAUACCUGGCCAUUGUACAGGUUGAGGCCUCUAGGAAGUGGAGGAACCCUAACGUGGCCAAGGGGGUGUGCAUUUUCAUCUGGCUCUUCGCUAUCGUGGUCACCUACUCCUUCCUCACCACGGCGUUCCGACACGCGGGCUGCUGCGUCUCCAAGCUCUUCGUCCUGACCGUCUUCGAGUUCUUCCUCCCCUUGGUCGUCAUCGUGGUGUUCACCGUGCGCAUCAUGUGUGCCCUGUCCAACUCCAGUCUGAUGCAGCAGAGCAGAGAGAGGCGCGUGCGGGCCGUGCAGCUCCUCACCACUGUCCUGGUCAUCUUCACCAUCUGCUUCACCCCGUUCCACGUCAGGCAGGUGCUGGUGUACUUCUACCCCGACAUGCCCCACCACGUCAUUGUCUACCACGUCACUGUCACCCUCAGCAGCCUGAACAGCUGCAUGGACCCCAUCGUCUACUGCUUCGUCACCAACAACUUCCAGUCCAGCAUGAGUGGCUUCUUCCGCAAGGCGGAGGCAGAGCUGGAGCAGACCAGUGGGAACAUCAUCAGCAUGCAGAAUAGCUCCAAGGGCUCGGGGACUGUCACGGCUAUCACUCACAGUGUGAUGAUGAACGUCCUGUCCUCCUCCUCUCCCCAGCAUGGGAACCACAUAGCGUUAGAAUGAGAAAGGGAUGGGAAGAUUGAGGAAUGGGAUGUUCAGUGUUCAGUGAGAGAUGGAAUUCUAUUGCUGUGAGACUCUGGAGUGCAAUUGACAUACUACAGUAGGCUAUUCUCCCAUUUGAGAAAAUGCUUUCCUGCUUAUAUUAUUGUAGCCUAUUGUUGGCUUGGAGAAUUAAGUACUUGAAGACAUUUUCGGACAAGAAACGUUAUUUCUCCUGUGUUGGCCUACACCAGUCACGAUGGAGGGCAUUGACACCGAAUACGACCUAUAAUGUGUUCAUUGCAGCUGUUAUACCAGCUGCUCCUGCAUGAUUUAUUUCUACUGUACAAUUAUCAUCUGAGGAGUAUUUGUUUACUCUGAUCCUAGAUCGUAUGAACCUCUGACAAAAUAGACAAGUAAUAUUCUACUGCAUUGCUAUGGAAACAAAUAGAAAUAUAUGAUAGACAGCUUCUGUAGAUUAAUGUGUGACAUUGUUGUCACAAUACAUAUUUAUCGUCAGCCUUCUCAAAAACUGGUUUUAUGUAAAGCUUAUAUUACUGGCAAAUAUUACCAAACCAAUUGUCCAGAAACAUAUAGAAUAAAACAUACAAAACCUUA